ACUAUUUUUGCUCCUUACUUGUAUCUUUGGGGCAAGGGCAACACUGAGUAUUACAAAAUAUCUACUUUAACUGAAGCCCAUCAAAAACUAGGUCUCAACACUGUCACUUUGGCCUUUGUUGUCAACUCAGUCGACGACAUCCAUAGAUGGGAAGACGAUAUCAGAAAUUUCUACUCAAUUACAAACAAUAAUGGCAAUAUCAUCCUAAGUUUCGGCGGUGCUCUGGGCAAUUAUUUAUCCAACUUCUUAAACGAAGACGAGGAAUUUGAAGCAAUUUUGAACAUCCUCAGACAAUAUAAUAUAAAUGCAAUUGAUUAUGACAUUGAGGGUUCAAAUCUAACCAAUCUAACUUUAAUCAAUCAAAUUGGCAGGGUUUUAUCCAGAUUACAAAGUGCCUUGCAAAACAAUUUAUACAUUUCAUUAACUUUAUCAUCUCAUCCAAAUCUUGGGUUGACCAAUGAUGCCAUCCAUUGUAUUCAAACAAUCCAAGGUUAUAACGUUAACAUCACUUUAAUCAACGCAAUGGCAAUGGACUAUUACAUGUCCUUAGAUGAUAUUCCUUAUGCAAACACCUGGGGUCAAGCUGCUAUCAAAGUGAUCGAACUAAUGAAAGCGCAAUUGCAUUCUCAUGUCUUUCCCAAUAGAUCUGCACAAGAAAUCUAUAAAUCUAUUGGUAUCUGUCCUAUGAUAGGUAAAAAUGAUGACAACUCAGUUUUCACCCAAAGCGACUUUGUCGAGUUAUUAAACUUCGUUAGAUAUAGAGAUAUCGGUUUACUAACUUUCUGGGCUCUUAAUAGAGAUCAAGUCAUUGCUGAAGAAGAUCUAAACAAACCUGAAAUGAGCAUCGCCAUCUCAUCUUUCAGUCAAUCAAAUGAUUUUGAAUAUAGCAGAACUGCCAUUAAUUAUCUU